UAACCGGAAACGUGUUUUCCUGGUUGUAGUAGGCUUGGUGUGUUUUCUCACUCAGUCGAUGUUAGGACGAGUAGACUCACGGCCGGGGGGGAUAGGCUCGCCUUACCUGUCAAGAUAUCGGACAGGGCUACCUAUCCAACAUUUUAUCUUCUUUUCUUUUCGGCUUUCAGAUUGUUAAAGUCGUUGCAGAAGUCUUAACAUGGAUGUGAAGACGGUGGCGUGGAGCGGACACUGGGAUUUAAAUUUCACUCUCCUUCCAACAGCUUCUUUUGGCCUGAAGUGAAGUAUACACCGGAGUAGACUUCCAACGCCUUUUAGCACCAUUUUAGCGAGAAAUUACUUUGGUUUUAUUCUUUUUUUUCGCGCAGUCCUAUUGCGAGUGAUUUUUCUCUCUUUUUUGCUCGAUUGAAGUCGGGAUCGACUACUUGGAGGUGGUCCCGAAAAUGGAGGCUGUUAUCGAAAAGGACUGCAGCGCGCUUGGAGGACUCUUCCAAACGCUUAUCGGAGACAUGAAGAGCAGCUACCCUGUUUGGGAGGACUUCAUCGCCAAGGCUGGCAAACUGCAGUCCCAACUGAGGGCUAGCGUGCUUGCCUUGGCUGCCUUCUUGGAUGCUUUUCAGAAAGUGGCUGACCUGGCUACCAAUUCAAGAGGAGGAACGAGAGACAUCGGAUCAGCUCUGACCAGGAUGUGCAUGAGACAUCGCAGCAUCGAAGCUAAAUUCAAACAGUUCUCCAUGACCUUCCUGGAGGCUCUGAUCAACCCCCUACAAGAUCAAAUGGAGGAGUGGAAAAGAGGCGUCAACACCUUGGACAAGGACCAUGCCAAAGAAUAUAAGAGAGCUCGACAGGAGAUCAAGAAAAAGUCAUCAGACACGCUGAAGCUUCAGAAGAAAGCAAAGAAAGCUGACACUUUUGGUCGCGGCGAUAUCCUGCCCCAGUUGGACAGCGCAAUGCAGGAUGUCAGCGAUAAAUACAUUCUUUUGGAAGAUAUUGAGAAGCACGCCCUGAGGAAGGCCCUCAUAGAGGAGAGACAGAGGUUCUGCUGCUUUGUAGCCAUGCUGCGGCCCGUGGUGGAUGAAGAGAUUUCGAUGUUGGGAGAGGUCACCCAUCUGCAGGCAAUCUCUGAAGACCUCAAAUCUCUGACCUCAGACCCGCACAAGCUUCCCCCAGCCAGUGAACAAGUCAUCUUGGACCUGAAAGGUGCAGACUAUACUUGGUCGUACCAAACUCCACCCUCUUCACCCAGCACCACGACGUCCAGGAAGUCCAGCAUGUGCAGUCUGAACAGUGCUAACAGUAGCGACUCCAGGGGAUCCAGUGGCUCUCACUCUCAUUCUCCUUCCUCCUCUUCUUCCUCCUCUUCCUCACACCACCUCUUCCACAACCAUCAAACCCGCCACCGGUACCGCAGCUCCACGCUGUCCCAGCAGGCCCCGGCCCGCCUCUCCAGCAUCUCCUCCCACGACUCUGGCUUCAUCUCGUCAUCGCUCGACCAGUACGCAUCUUCCAAGUCGUCCUCGCCGAUGCCCACUGAAAGCAAGCCUUGUGCCAGUUCCAGCUCCUCUGAUGUGUCAGAGUGUGGGCAGCUUCACGGGGACUUCACCAGUGAACCCCAUUCCCUAGCAGCUGCCGCCACACCUCCGCACACUGCUGACCAGCAGCUCUCCAAUGGCUUUGACCACCACGGCCCAGCCAACCCCCCCUGCAAUGGUGUGAGCCUGUGCUCCAGCACAACCUUCCCUUCCUUCCCUCCAUCCUCCACUUCCUCCUCCUGCCCCACACCAUCAUGGUCACGUCCCGCCUCAGCACUGCUGCCAGACUUCCCCCACCACUGCCCGAUGGGCUCUCUCAUGGUGCCUUCCUCUCGCGUCCCCAGCUGGAAGGACUGGGCAAAGCCAGGACCAUAUGACCAGCCCAUGGUCAACACACUGCGCAAGAAGAAAGACAAGGGGCCACCAGCUGUAGUGGACUAUAAUGGUGGUACGGGCACUGAAAGCACUGCACCGCAAAACCUUUCAACCCGUACCCCUACCCCAACCCCUACCCCAGCUCCAGCUGAAUUGCAGACGCCCCAAAAAGCUUCAGUCCAAGGGAGGAACAGGACAGCACCAGUUGAGGCUGCUGAAUUUGAGGCCCAGGAUGAACUGGCUCUAGCCCUAUCAAGAGGCCUGGAACUGGACACACAGAGGUCCAGUCGGGACUCAAUACAGUGCUCAAGCGGAUACAACACUCAGACCAACACACCCUGCUGCUCUGAGGACACAAUACCCUCCCAAGUGUCAGAUUAUGACUAUUUCUCCAUGGCUGGGGACCAGGAGCCUGAGCUGCAGCACUCCGACUUUGACAAGUCAUCCACCAUCCCCAGAAACAGCGAUCUCGGCCAGUCCUACCGACGCAUGUUUCAGACCAAGCGGCCUGCCUCAACGGCCGGCCUGCCAAGCGCACAGGGUCCUUAUCCGGCACAGGCGGGCUACCCCGAUGGAUCUCAUCCCUCCACACCCACCCACAUGGGGACGCUUACCGCCACUGGUCCUUAUCCUCCUACUCCGACAGGCAAUUCACAUCAUGGCUUUUACUCUGGAUCCCACAAUUCCUCUGGCUCCUAUUCCACGGGGCACGGUCCAAUCAUUGUUACCCCUGGCGUCGCCACAAUCCGCCGCACUCCCUCCUCAAAACCCUCGUCCCGCCGUGCAGGCUCACUUGUAGGUGCAGGUCCGGUUUCUGUUCGCACAAGCGUCAUCCCGGUCAAAAUUCCAACCGUGCCUGACAUGCCGGGGGUGGUGAAUGGGAGCAGGAGCGGAGAGGAGCUAGGAAGACAGAGUUCAGAUUCUCUCGCAUUUCCAGGAGGUGAGAAGGCUGGCACACUGCCCGUGGCGUCUUGGAGCGGUCAGGCUUCGACCAAUCCUCCCACCACCCCGCUGUCCCACCAGCUGGCCCAGCAGCACCCUCACAGUGAGCCAGGAGGAGACGAGGCAGGCGUGGGGGCAGAUGGCAACAUGUUGAUGGCCAUCCGCAAGGGUGUCAAGCUCAAGAGGACCCUCACCAAUGACCGCUCUGCACCCCGCGUUGCGUAACGUCAGCGACAUCCUUCACAGGGUUCAGUUCCCUCACGGACAUUUGGGUUGUUGGUUUACUCGACAACCAAAUUUCAGUUGUUUUAUGUGCCGCAUUUGCUGCUGGAGUGAGAACACCUCCUGUCGUAUGCCCACCGGUAAAUCCCGUGCCAUGAGUCAAGCAACGUUUCUCAGAAGAUGUUAAAGUUGGACAUUUUGUGACAAAGAACGGACGUGUUUUUGCCGAUUUGAGUCCAUAGCUGUGCAAUUACAGAGUUCAUGACAGAGGAUGAUGUGUCCCUGACACGACUGACAAUUAGAUGGACAGCACGCCUGCUAUUCUAGUUAUCAUUUAGCAUCACAUGGCGGAUGCUCUUGUUUAAAGGGAAACACAUUCACGUGCUCUUUACUGACUUGUUGCCGUAUGUCCGUGAUUUGUAAACAUUUGUUGCCAAAAAGCGUGUUGCUGCUUCUCACCUUAACUUGGAUGAACUCGUGCUUCUCCACGGUGCCGACUUUUUUUUAAGAAUCCUCCCUUUAAGUAGUUUUAAUAUCGUGUGGCAGCACAAUGUCAGCCUCGUUUUACAAAGUAAGUUCUUGAUGUACAUGCACCGUUGCCUUUGGGAUACCACCACAUUUGAACUCUUCUAGUCUAAUAUGAGCUAAAAUAUCUCAUGCUGAGCUUUGGAUGUUAGCAUUUAUGAAUUGGCUUCUUUUCUCUAGCAUUAAUUAGCCAUACUGCCACAUCCAGCAGAGCGAUAUAGAGCAUAAAGCUUACUAAUGUCAUGUCAUGUAAAAACAAUGGAACAAAUCGAAUCAACACUUAGAAACUAAUUAGGAAGAGGGCGUUAAUACAACAGCAUGUAGCAUUGGUUAGAUUUGCCCAUCUGUCGCGUGUGGAAACUUGGUGUUGGAGUCGUAGCAUUAGCCGACCAGACACGUCCUGUGUGUACAAUCACAACAAUGUCAUUGGUAUUAUCUCACAAAUACACAAAUACUGUGGCUGUCUUUUUCUACCCACAAGAUGACGUCACACUGUUUGUGUUUGAAUUUCACUUCAACACUGUGAGAGCAUGCUGACCUAACGAUGCAUAAGAAUUGUAAAUAUUUAACUGUCGGAGCAUUUUAAUUUAUUUUCUCCAUGUUUAUUUUGUACUCCCCCGUAACACGGUAGCUCUGUUCACGCACCCACGGUCUGAUGUGUGAUGAAUGCCAUUCUAGCAACACCGAUGCUUGCUAUGAAUGACUUUGGGUCCCUUAUUUCACUCCGACACGUAUAAACUAGAAUUGAUCAGAGCUGGCCGCCUAGAAAGUACAUCACCACUAUAAUAGUACUACGGGUUGCUGUGAAAGCUCACAGAUACUGGCUUUGUAAUGGAGAUACUGUACUUCAUCGGUAUUACUCCUGAGGUGGAGACAUCAAGAGCAUGUAGGCCUACUCUAACCUGACUUACUUUCCCAAAGUUAUACGCUAUAAUGAGUUAGAAUCGAACGCUUAGGAAGGGUGGCAAUGAACGAAGGCAUCUGAAUCCGUUGAUUUGACCAACAAUGAACAAUUUACCUCCAUACUGUUACAUUUCAAUGGCUGUACAGGUGAAACGAUGACUUAUGUCAAUAUUGUUGUAACCCUGUCCACUUGUCCCCUUGUCUAAAACUCGUAUUAUCCACCUGAAAUGUUUAUAUUUACAUGACCACUAUAGCAAUGAUAUAGUAUCAGAGUUCCUUGUUGUCUGCAUAUCUAGUGGAAUAAUAAGGCUAUACUGAACAUUCUGCUCAGAGAGUUGACCUAUUUACCUGUCCCUGCACAGUUCAACAGGCAAGGAUGCAAUUUAUUCCCAAUAGUUCGUGGUUGUUGACAGCUUUAGCAAUAUAAUAAAAAUAAGAAAUUGAAUGGUCUUGUGAAUGAAUAUGUCU